AGGAGCCAACGUAGAAACGACAAUACACAGCCCGGCCAAUCCUUUCCAAGUCAACAAACAACAGUCGACUUCUCACUACUCACUACUCACUACCCACUACUCUUUACUCUCAACCCUGUCACAAAGACCAACUCUUGCUUGUGGCCGGCCACACUGAUUCUCCAUAUUACAAGUUAAUAAUAUUAAUCACGACAAACCCACUCUUGACAGUAGAGUCACUCCUGAUUAAGCUCGCUAACCGCCACGAAUAAAAAUCUAAUGGGUUUCUGAAUUAUCGCGUCUUUUACCUAGUCCCGAAUUCCCAAGAUGUCGGGCUAUCCAGGAGGUGGUCAUCACGACUACAACGACGCCUACGGGCAGAAUCACGAUUCUUAUUAUCAAGAUGAACAACAUGGUCAAUACUACGACAAUAAUGGCUACGAUGCACAUGGCCAAGGCCAAAACCAAGGUCAAGGCCAAGGACAAGGUCAAGCCCAGGGCCAGGGCCACCACGCAAACGAUGGCUACUACGACGAAUCUGGCUACUAUAAUGCAGAUGCCAACAACCCUUACGCCGCAGAGGGCGGCUACUAUGAUAACCAUGAUCAGUACCAGCAAGGAGGAGACUACUACGAUGAUGGGAAUGGCUACUAUGACCACUACGGCCAAGGCGGCGGCUACAAUGGCAACGGCGGACGUCGGGGCGAUUCCGAAGAGGAUUCCGAGACGUUUAGCGACUUCACCAUGAGAUCCGACAUGGCUCGUGCUACUGAUAUGGACUACUACGGUCGCGGCGAUGAGAGAUACAGUGGUUAUGAUCAACAGGGUCGAGGAUACAGGCCACCGUCCUCACAGGUCUCAUACGGCGGAAACCGAUCGUCUGGCGCGUCCACUCCUAAUUAUGGAAUGGACUACGGAAAUGUACCAGGCAUUCAAAGAUCCCGCGAACCAUAUCCAGCGUGGACUUCCGACGCGCAGAUUCCGUUGUCUAAGGAAGAAGUCGAAGACAUUUUCCUGGACCUUACCAACAAAUUUGGAUUUCAGAGAGAUAGCAUGCGAAACAUGUAUGACCAUCUGAUGGUGCUGCUUGAUUCGCGAGCUUCUCGAAUGACACCGAAUCAAGCUCUGCUUUCUCUUCAUGCCGAUUACAUCGGUGGUGAUAACGCUAACUAUCGAAAGUGGUACUUCGCGGCUCAUCUCGAUUUGGACGAUGCUGUUGGCUUUGCGAACAUGGGCAAGAAAGCUCGCAAAUCGAAAAAGAAGUCCAAAGGCAAGAAGGGUGAUCAGAGUGAGGAUCAGGUUCUCGAAGACUUAGAAGGCGACGACAGCUUAGAAGCAGCUGAGUACCGAUGGAAGACACGAAUGAACCGCAUGUCACAGCACGAUAGGGUUCGACAAAUUGCUCUGUUUCUUCUCUGCUGGGGUGAAGCAAACCAGGUCCGUUUCAUGGCCGAAUGUCUUUGCUUCAUCUUUAAAUGUGCCGACGACUACUUGAACUCCCCCGCUUGCCAAAACCUCGUCGAGCCCGUCGAAGAAGGCACUUUCUUGAACAACGUGAUUACACCCCUAUAUCAAUACUGUAGGGAUCAAGGAUACGAGAUCUAUAACGGGGUCUACGUCCGCCGAGAACGUGAUCACAACCAGAUCAUCGGUUAUGAUGACUGCAACCAGCUCUUCUGGUAUCCCGAAGGCAUUGAGCGCAUCGUUCUCAACGACAAGAGCAAAUUGGUUGAUGUUCCCCCAGCGGAGCGUUACCUCAAGCUGAAAGAGGUGAACUGGAAGAAGUGUUUCUUCAAGACCUACAAGGAGACACGGUCCUGGUUCCACGUGAUUGUUAACUUCAAUCGUAUUUGGGUUAUACACUUGACCAUGUUCUGGUUCUACACCGCACACAACGUUCCGACGCUACUGGUUGGUAAGGAUUACGAGCAGCAGGUGAACCAACAGCCGCCAGCAUCUGCACAAUGGGCCAUCGUGAGUGCCGGUGGUGCCAUCGCCUCCUUGAUCCAAAUCAUAGCUACCUGUGCCGAGUGGGCAUACGUCCCACGGCGAUGGGCCGGUGCUCAACAUCUUAGCAAGCGACUGCUCUUCUUGAUCGUUGUCUUCAUAAUCAACCUUGCUCCUAGUGUUUACGUCUUCGGCUUUGCAAAGGACCAGAAUGCAACCCCUGCGUUAGCGUUGGGUAUCGCUGGGUUCUUCAUUGCGCUGAUUACGUUCAUUUUCUUCGCGGUUAUGCCACUUGGUGCUCUCUUUGGUAGCUAUCUAACGAAGAACUCUCGCCGUUACGUCGCUAGCCAGACAUUUACUGCUAGUUGGCCGCAUCUGAAGGGCAAUGAUAGAGCUCUCUCGUAUUUUCUCUGGACAGCGGUUUUCGGCGCCAAAUUUGGAGAAUCGUACAUUUACCUCACACUGUCGCUCCGAGAUCCGGUCCGUUACCUCCAAAUCAUGAACGUGUCUUCUUGUCUCGGAGAUGCUCAGAUCGGCGCCAUAUUGUGCUCGUACCAGCCAACUAUUGUCAUGGUUCUUAUGACCCUUACCGACUUGAUCCUCUUCUUCCUCGACACGUACAUGUGGUACGUCCUGCUUAACACUGUCUUCUCUAUCGCUAGAUCAUUUUACCUUGGUUCGUCUAUCUGGACUCCCUGGCGUAACAUUUUCUCGCGACUUCCUAAGCGAAUCUACUCUAAGAUUCUCGCCACGACGGACAUGGAAAUCAAGUACAAGCCCAAGGUCUUAAUCUCGCAGAUUUGGAACGCCAUCGUUAUAUCUAUGUACCGAGAGCAUUUACUAGCCAUCGACCAUGUUCAGAAACUGCUGUACCACCAGGUCCCAUCCGAGCAGGAGGGCAAGCGUACUUUGCGUGCGCCGACAUUCUUCGUCUCUCAGGAGGACCAUUCGUUCAAGACGGAAUUUUUCCCGAACCACAGCGAAGCUGAGCGGCGUAUUUCUUUCUUCGCGCAGUCCUUGUCUACGCCCAUUCCCGAGCCUCUUCCUGUUGACAACAUGCCCACCUUCACUGUUUUGAUCCCUCAUUAUGGCGAGAAGAUUCUACUCACUCUCCGAGAGAUUAUUCGCGAGGACGAGCCUUACUCUCGUGUCACACAGCUUGAAUACCUUAAGCAGUUGCACCCUCACGAAUGGGACUGCUUUGUCAAGGACACUAAAAUUCUUGCCGAUGAGACCUCUCAAUUCAACGGAGACGAAGAAAAGACUGAAAAGGAUACGGCGAAGAGCAAAAUCGACGACCUUCCAUUCUACUGUAUCGGUUUCAAGUCCUCUGCUCCUGAAUACACUCUUCGAACUCGUAUUUGGGCAUCUCUUCGCUCGCAAACUCUCUACCGUACUAUCUCCGGUUUCAUGAACUACAGCCGCGCUAUCAAAUUACUUUACCGUGUCGAGAAUCCUGAAGUCGUCCAAAUGUUUGGUGGCAGCUCCGAGAAGCUGGAGCGCGAACUCGAGAGAAUGGCUCGACGCAAGUUUAAGCUAGUCGUUUCCAUGCAGCGAUAUGCCAAAUUCAAGAAAGAAGAGAUGGAAAAUGCCGAAUUCCUCCUUAGAGCCUACCCCGACUUACAGAUCGCCUACCUAGACGAAGAGCCGCCUCUAGUUGAGGGUGAAGAACCUCGUAUCUACUCUGCUUUGGUUGACGGUCACUCUGAACUAAUGGAGAACGGGAUGCGACGUCCCAAGUUCCGCAUUCAACUUUCUGGUAACCCCGUUCUUGGUGAUGGAAAGUCAGACAACCAGAACCAUUCCAUCAUUUUCUACCGUGGUGAAUACAUACAGCUUAUCGAUGCCAACCAAGACAACUACCUGGAAGAAUGCUUAAAGAUUCGGUCUGUCCUUGCCGAAUUCGAGGAAAUGAAGAUUGAAAAUGUGUCUCCCUACACGCCUGGUGUGAAGAACGAGAUCCAGGCUCCGGUCGCUAUUUUGGGUGCUCGCGAGUACAUUUUCUCUGAAAACAUCGGUAUUCUUGGUGAUGUCGCUGCUGGUAAGGAACAAACGUUCGGUACGCUCUUCGCAAGAACUCUAUCCCAGAUUGGUGGUAAGCUUCAUUAUGGUCACCCGGAUUUCCUCAACGGUAUAUUCAUGAACACCCGUGGUGGUGUUUCCAAAGCUCAGAAGGGUCUACAUCUAAACGAGGAUAUUUAUGCUGGUAUGAAUGCUCUCCUUCGCGGCGGACGUAUCAAGCACUGCGAAUACUACCAGUGUGGUAAGGGUCGUGAUCUUGGUUUUGGAUCUAUUCUGAACUUCACCACCAAGAUCGGUACUGGUAUGGGUGAACAGAUGUUAUCUCGCGAGUACUACUACCUUGGCACACAGCUACCACUGGACCGUUUCCUAUCAUUCUACUAUGCCCACGCUGGUUUCCACUUGAACAACAUCUUCAUUAUGUUGUCUGUCGAGAUGUUCAUGAUAGUCCUUAUCAACAUCGGCUCACUUCGAAACCAGACCGUUGCCUGCAACUACAACCGUAACGUCCCUAUUACGGACCCGUUGUAUCCUACAGGAUGUGCGAACACGGAUGCACUCAUGGACUGGAUAUACCGCUGUGUUAUUUCUAUCUUCGUUGUUUUCUUCUUGGCUUUCGUACCCCUGAUUGUCCAGGAACUUACCGAGCGUGGUGUGCUACGUGCUGCCACCCGUCUAGCGAAGCAGUUCUGCUCCUUCUCGCCAUUCUUCGAGGUGUUCGUCUGUCAAAUCUACGCCAACUCUGUGACACAGGAUUUGUCUUUCGGCGGUGCCCGUUACAUUGGUACCGGUCGUGGUUUUGCUACGGCUCGUAUCCCCUUCGGUGUAUUGUACUCUCGGUUCGCCGGUCCUUCCAUCUACUUCGGCGCUCGUCUGUUGAUGAUGUUACUAUUCGCGACCUUAACGGUGUGGCAAGCUGCCCUGGUCUACUUCUGGGUUUCGCUUCUCGCUUUGGUCAUCUCACCAUUCCUUUACAAUCCUCACCAGUUCGCGUGGAACGAUUUCUUCAUUGAUUACCGCGAUUACCUCCGCUGGCUCUCGCGUGGUAACUCGCUCAGUCACUCAUCGUCAUGGAUCUCUUUCUGUCGCCUGUCGCGUACGAGAAUUACCGGCUACAAGCGCAAGGUUCUAGGAGACCCGUCCGGCAAAUUGUCUUCUGACGUGCCUCGCGCGGCCAUCACCAACCUGCUUUUUGGAGAGAUCAUUGCACCACUUCUUUUCGUGGCAACAACACUUAUCCCCUACCUGUUCAUCAACGCACAAACCGGCGUCAAGGCUAACGAUUCCAGUGCCAAGCCCACCGCAUCUCUUAUCCGUGUGGCCGUCGUCGCUUUCGCGCCUGUUGGUAUCAACGCCGGUCUACUAGGUGCUCUCUUUGGUAUGGCCUGCUGUAUGGGUCCGCUACUUAGUAUGUGCUGCAAGAAGUUUGGAAGUGUCCUGGCAGCAAUUGCCCACGCCGUCGCCGUCAUUGUUCUCCUGGUCUUUUUCGAGGUCAUGUUCUUCCUUGAGGGCUUCGAUUUCACGAAGACGCUUUUGGGCAUGAUCACAGCCAUUGCGAUGCAGAGGUUUAUCCUCAAGCUUAUCGUAUCGCUAGCGCUCACUCGUGAGUUCAAGACGGACCAGUCUAACAUUGCGUUCUGGACGGGCAAGUGGUACUCCAUGGGUUGGCACUCGAUCUCUCAGCCGGCGCGUGAAUAUCUUUGCAAGAUCACGGAACUGAGCAUGUUUGCCGCCGAUUUUAUUCUAGGCCACAUCCUCUUGUUCAUUAUGUUGCCAGUUAUCCUCAUCCCCCAGGUUGACACCCUACAUUCAAUGAUGCUGUUCUGGCUCCGACCAAGCCGACAAAUCCGACCGCCUAUCUACUCGAUGAAGCAGUCGAAGCUCAGGAGAAGACGUGUUAUUCGCUACGCUGUCCUUUACUUCGUCAUGCUUGUCCUUUUCGUAGCCCUGAUCGUCGCGCCUGCCGUUGGAGGCAAGCAAAUCGGACCGUCGCUGGAGAAGAAUCUUGCGAAGCUCCCGAUUCCUCUAGCACAGCCUGGGCCGGAUCAGAAGCAUGACGACACCAGGAACCGCACGGAGACGGGGACCGGCUCGCCUGGGUACUCUGGUCCGGGUACGGCGUCGAUGACAUCGGCCGCGGCAGCAACGUCGACGUCCAAGUCGGGCUCGAAGUUCCGAUUCGUUUAAUGAACAUUGAAGACAUACCUGUACCAUAAAGAAUAAAAGUUCCUGGUUACUCGACCAGCUUACGGAAUUGGGCCGAGUACUAAUUAGCGUUAUAUUCGCGAGACUGUACU